GCACACUUCAAAAUCUCAAAACAAUUCAGAGACACAACAGGCAAAAAUAAACUCAAAAUCUCUUGAAUCUUUUUCGGUUUGAGAUGAAGCGCAUCCACGUGGACAACUAUGCGCCCAAGUACUACAGCGGCAAAUGGUCCUGGGUCAAGAAGGACGAGCUACACUUUGAGCCGCACAACGAUCUGGAGGAUGCCAGGGAGCGCUACAUCACCACGAAUACCUUUAUGUUUAUGCGCACCAUGAACCAGGAGGAGGAGCUGAUCUUUCGCCAGGAGUUUGUUCGUCCCGAAAGCAGCUUCGACAACGACACAGUCGUCAUAUAUGACAUACGCGAUCUGGUGCUAUUUCUGAUGCCCAGCGAGUUCCUAACGUUCAAAUUUGUCGAGUUUAUGCACCAACCAGCGGUUUAUCGGCUGCUGCAUGCGCUGAUCAUCUACUUUGAGUACUUCCUGCGCUUGGUGGAGUUCGUACUCAUUCGACGGGAUGAGCUCUCCGGCCAAAUGGCUCAGGUCCAGAGCGAGCAAACGAAUGACAUGAAGCGGGUGUUCUCCAUGUAUCUGAGCCAGUAUCGAAUGCUGGUUGCCCGCAACUACAGUGUGAUCAUCAAGGGCGAGGGCGCCAUGGGCAAGUACUACCACAUGAAGGAGAUUGUCAACAUUUCGGCCACCAUUUGGGACAAGAACUUUCACGAGCAGUUCCUUGCGUGCAGCAUUCAGAUCGUGUGGAUUGCGAUGCAUCGCCGGGCCUACAAUAUCAUCGAAAUGGAAAUGAAUCGCCUGUUUCGCUCCGAGCACUUUGUCACGAGUCGGCCGGAGUAUCUGACCUUCACACCGGCGGAACGGAGUCUGCUGUAUGGCCGCAACAGCAAGAUCGUCAAUUACCGCACUCAGAUAUCGCCGCUCAUCCAGGAGCUGGAGCACAUUCCGGAGGAUGAUCUGCCCAUUCUAUGGAUCGGGGAGCGCAAGUAUCGCGGCACAGACAUUCGCAUCAUGGAGAUGGAGCUGGAGUACAUUGUGCCGGAGCCGCAGUUGUCGCUGAUCGACGUGGCCCACGGCAUUUUGGGGCAUCCCAAGAAGCUCUACAACACCCUCCUCGAACUCGAUUGGCCCUCGGUGCGCUACUCAAACUUCUCCAAGAAGCACGAUCCGUACCACAUCGUGAGGCAGCCCCAUUUGGACAUACCACAGAUCGAUGCCACGAAGAUGCGCAAAAUGACCAAGCACUAUGAGCACUUUUACAAAAUCCACGGUCUAUACGAGGAGUGCCCCCGCCAGAUGAUCUUCAAGUGGCUGCGGCGCGAGAGGAUCAUCAAAUUCUAUCGCUCCGGGGGUCUGCUCACGAACAUUGUCUCGCGCUGCGAGAAGGAGCUGGCCACCACAUCGCACGGCCCUCGCGUCGAUCAGAUUAUCGCCAAUUACUUCAAGGUGAAGAGUCGCCUGCGCAAGGAAGCAACCUACGGAGAUGAUGCUGGCAGCCUUGCCUCCUCCCGCGUUGGCAAUGCUUCGCCCAGAAAGAGGAAACAGUCCCUCGAAUGGCAUUUCGAUCAUUAAACUAAUUCACGAUUGUCACUUCUGAGUUUAGUUUA